UUUUUUUCGCUGGUCGAACGUCACACACAUUUUACUCGAGAGCGUCCAAACACUCGCUAAAUAUCUCGGUGAAAUCUUCUUGUUUAGUUCUAAACCUUGUCUGACCUUGUGUUUUAUCUAUCCUGAGCUGAAGGUUGACAAACGUACGCAAAAAUGUCGCUAGAGGAUCCUUUCUUCGUCGUGAGAGAUGAAGUGCAAAAGGCUGUGACCAAUGUACAAGGCCUCUACACACGGUGGCAAGAUCUACUAAAUGAUCCCAGGACAGUGGGAAAAGAUGAAUACAACUGGACAACAAAUGAACUCAGAAAUAACAUCCGCAGUAUCGAGUGGGACCUUGAGGACUUAGAUGAAACAAUUGGGAUUGUUGAAGCCAAUCCAAGAAAAUUUAAUAUGGAUCCCGCAGAGUUAAACACAAGAAAAUCAUUUGUUAAACAAACUAGGGACAGCAUUAACUCCAUCAAGGAUCACAUGAAUAGCCCAGUGGCAAAAACCAAGGUGGAAAAUUCAUCAAGGGAUGCAUUGAUGGGAGGAAAAAAUAACAGACCCCAGGAUAAAUACUCGAGACUGGACCGUGAAAUUGAAAGAUCAAAUCAGACUUUUAUUGACGACCAGCAGCAACAACAGUCGUUAUUGAUGCAACAACAAGAUGAACAACUAGAGAUGGUUGGACACAGUGUUGGGGUUCUGAAAACCAUGGGUAGAAAAAUUGGAGAUGAAGUUGAUGAGCAAAAUGUAAUGUUGGAUGAUUUUGGUCACGAGUUAGAGAUGACAGAUUCUAAACUCAACCAAGUUGUGCUUAAAGUAGAAAAAGUGUUGAGAUUAUCUGAUGAUAAGCGCCAGUGCUAUGUUCUAGUUGGGCUGAUAGUUCUUAUGGCUAUUGUUAUUAUCCUCUUUAUAUUUCUUUAAAGAUGUUUUUCUAAAUCAGCUAAUUCCCUGGCUUCAUACUGGGCUAACUGUGCUUGAAGUUCUGCCAUGAGGACUGGGAAACUAAGUGCUUCUCUGUUGACCCAGUGACUAGGCUGAUUCUUAGUUAGAUUUUGCUCUGGGGGAAGGGGGUGAGGAAGUAUUUUCUCCAUGAGAAUCCAUUAUUUUAGUACAGAUUUACAACAAUCAGAUGUAUAAUUAUAGUUGAUUCUUCAAUGUAAAGAUUCAGUUUCUACACACUUAUUGUUGAAGGACGGACAUUAGAGUCAUAUUUUGGAAGGGGAGGGGGAGGGUUUUGUGCACAAUAGCUUCCAAGGGUCUGAAUGUCUUGCAAUCUCAUGUAGAGUUUGUUAAUAUUCAUUCUUAUUUUUAGGAUGGUUUACCUUGAUAAUAAGAAAAAAAAAACAUAAUUUAUUUUAUAUUUGGGAUGGGAUGGGGGGACAUGUAAAAAUCGCAUACAAAGAACUAUAACAGACCAUGAUGACCAGAUGAAAAGGCAUCAAAGGAAAGUUUUAUUUUACAAUGAUUCAACAGUUUAAGUGACAGUGUUGUAAAUACAGAAUGGGAGAUAUCUAUGUAUAACGAAAGUGCGUAACAAAAUCGUUAAUAAAUAUGCGAUGGAUAUAUAUA